AUGGAACAAGUGCGGGGCGCUGCAAUAACCCUGCAGAGCCCUAGGCCACACUCCGAUGGAUGGAAUCCGGAUUAAGAGGGGUUUGUUUGUUGUUCAACUCCGUUUGUGGAGAAAGGACCAACCCUACCCUUUUUGCGAAGUUUGGCUGCGGUGGGAGUCGGGGCGGAGCCGGGCAGGGGGGCGGAUUCGGCGGUAGCAACUCCCCGGACGCACGCAGGCCUCAGAGCCCCCCAGUUUCCGUAGCCCCUCGGCCCUGAAACCUGAAGCAGGGUAGGGGUCCAGCAUGAAGCCCCCGGACCGCCCCACCCCUGGCCGCACUGACCGGAUACUGGGGGUCAUGGGGGGCAUGCUGCGCGCAUGCGCCGUACCCGGGCAGGAGGGGCCCCCGGAGAGAGUUCCCCUAGGGCCUGGGAGUACCAAGACAGAGAGUGAUUGUCCCGAGGAGGACCAAAGGGAGGAGCGCGAACCUGGGGUCCGCGCCUGGGCUCUGCAGCCGGAAUCCUAUUCCAUUGCUGGUAGUGAGGGGAGCGUGUCAGCAUCUGCUGCCUCAGGUCUAGGUGCCCCGUCUGGCCUCAGCUCUCACUCCUGUUCUCCGGCACCCCCUGGGCCAGUAACUGGCCUGAGGAGAUGGUUGGAUCAUUCUCAACAUUGUCUCAGUGUGGAAACUGAGGCAGACAGUGGUCAAACAGGACAAUAUGAGAACUGGAUGCUGGAACCAACGCUAGCCACAGGAGAUGGGUUGCCAGAACUAACCUUAUUGACUACAUUGUUGGAGGGUCCUGGAGACAAGACACAGCCACCUGAAGAGGAGACUCUGUCCCAGGGUCCCCAGAACGAGGAAGAGCAGAAGAAGGUAGCCCUGGAAAGGAGUCUGUUUGUCUUGAACGAGCUGGUAGAAACAGAAAAAAUGUAUGUGGAUGACUUGGGACAGAUUGUAGAGGGUUACAUGGCUACUAUGGCUACUCAGGGGGUUCCAGAGAGUCUUCGAGGCCGUGACAGGAUUGUGUUCGGGAACAUACAGCAAAUUUAUGAGUGGCACCGAGACUAUUUCCUGCAGGAGCUGCAGCUGUGUUUGAAAGAUCCUGAUUGGUUGGCUCAGCUGUUCAUCAAACAUGAACGCCGGCUGCACAUGUAUGUGGUCUACUGUCAGAAUAAGCCCAAGUCAGAGCAUGUGGUGUCAGAAUUUGGGGACAGCUACUUUGAGGAGCUCAGGCAGCAGCUGGGACACCGUCUGCAGCUCAAUGACCUCCUCAUUAAACCUGUGCAGCGAAUUAUGAAAUACCAGCUAUUGCUCAAGGAUUUCCUCAAGUAUUACAGCAGAGCUGGGAUGGAUACUGAAGAGCUGGAGCAAGCUGUGGAGGUGAUGUGCUUCGUACCAAAGCGUUGCGAUGAUAUGAUGUCCCUGGGGAGACUUCGGGGAUUUGAGGGAAAACUGACUGCUCAGGGGAAGCUUUUGGGCCAGGACACAUUCUUGGUGACAGAGCCCGAGGCUGGGGGUUUGCUCUCUUCCCGGGGUCGAGAGAGGCGCGUCUUUCUGUUUGAGCAAAUCGUCAUCUUCAGUGAGGCACUGGGAGGAGGAGGCCGAGGUGGCACACAGCCUGCCUAUGUGUACAAGAACAGCAUCAAGGUGAGCUGCCUAGGACUGGAGGGAAACCUCCAAGGCAACCCUUGCCGUUUCGCACUGACCUCUAGGGGGCCGGAAGGUGGGAUCCAGCGCUAUAUUCUGCAGGCUUCAGACCCUGCAAUCAGUCAGGCCUGGAUCAAGCAAGUGGCCCAGAUCCUGGAAAGCCAGCGUGACUUUCUCAAUGCAUUGCAGUCACCCAUUGAGUACCAGAGACGGGAGAGCCAGACCAACAGCCUGGGUCGGGCAGGAGGGCCUGGGGUAGGGAGCCCUGGGAGGAUGCGGCCUGGAGACCUGACCCAGGUCAGCAUGCACACACCCACCAAUGGCUCCCUCCCUUCCCUGCUGCUUUUGCCCAAAGGGGAGGUGCCCAGAGCACCCUUGCCUCUAGAUAUACAGGCUCUCAGUGAUAUCCCCCAGACUCCUCACAACCCUCCAGCCCUUCCUGCUCUGAGCACCCCUCCCUGUCAGGCCAGGCUGGCCAAGCUGGAUGAAGAUGAACUGUGACUGGUGAAGGCCUCGGGAGUGGUGCCGAUUCAGCCACUGAGUCCUCAAGGAAUCUGAGGACAGUCCUGGCAACAUGCCAGAGUCCUUUCUUCCUGGCGUGUGCGUGCCUGGUGUGUGUGCCUGUAAGGAUGGGCAAGACUGGGAGAGAGGUCAACAUGGAGGGGAGUGCCUAGGCCUGAAAGGACACUCUUCUCUACUCCAGGAACCAGGAUAAGGAUCCGGCAGCUCCACUCCACGCAUGCAUCCCCCUCAGAUGGAGGAUAUGUAGGGGCUUGGAGGGAGGGCUAGGGCAGGGACUAGAUAGAAAUGAUUGGUUGUGAUUUUGU